UUGAUAUAUUUACGAGAAAACUGCCUGUGGAGCUGUUUUACUUAUAUAAAAUAUUUUGUUUCCAUUAUACUGCACGAAUGAGGAAUCAUGAUGAUAAAUAUGUAAUUAUUUGCAAAACCAGCAUGUAACACUCAUUUCAAAAUCGUUCUUUAUCUACCGAUGACAUUCUUUAGUAUGCACUUAAAUGCAGCAGAUGGCGCUAGCAGUGCAAUCCUCCGCACUGUCACAACUUGUUUAUUUACAUCGAUCUUCCUACUUUCCACUCGGGAGCAAAGUAGUAAAAACGAAAACAUUAGUUUCACUUUCGGAUCUACUGAAACAUCACGUAAAAAACAGCACAACCAGAACCUAGAGCAAGCAAACACCACUAGCCAACAUGCCCAUACCGUGUCGAUUUCUACGAAACUAGUGCUCCGGUGGUGUAGGGCUGCAAGGGUGGCCGUUGUUGUGUUGAUACCCCAAGCAACGUUCCAGCUCUAGUGCACCACGUCAGCGCGGGCAGCUAGUGCGCGCGGGAGAAAACUCUACUGCGGCAAACUGAACGUAUCAAAUGAUGGAAGAAAAGCUAAAAUAUUCCUUUCUGCGCGAUCUUAACGAUGGACAAAGUAUAUGGACUAGAAAUGAAAAGCGUACCUGGUUCUUAACACUGCUGACGGGCACCUGUAUGCUUUACUCAACCCGCACCACGAUGCCACUGCUUGUACCGGCCGUAGCAGCCGAACGCAAAUGGAGCAAAACCGAUUCCGGCACCGUGUUAAGUUCGUUCUUCUGGGGCUACACGCUGACCCAGGUGCUCGGUGGCUAUCUGAGCGAUAAGUUCGGUGGCCAGAAGGUGAUACUGCUGGCCGCCAUCGGUUGGUCGCUUAUUACCUUCUGGAUGCCAAACAUCAUUACCUCGUCGACACUGUUCGCGUCCUACUCUAUCCCGUUUAUCGUUACCGUUAGAAUAAUCAACGGAGCCUGCCAGGGUGUCCAUUUUCCCAGCAUGAUAAGCAUCACUAGUCAAAAUCUGAGCUCCUGCGAACGGGCCAGCUUUUUUAGCAUACUCACAUCCGGGUCAGCGCUCGGGACGCUGCUGACCGGUAUCGUCGGUUCGUUUCUGCUCGACUACUUCGGUUGGCCAACCGCAUUCCGGGUGAUUGGGUUUUUGGGCCUGUCGUGGACGCUCUUUCUGCGAUACUACACGAUGGCAUCGGAUCGAAGCCGGAUCAUCAACAUUUCCAUGCCGAGCCGAAUGUAUACGAAGCUCGGGACGCCCGAAACCGUACCGUGGUUGCGUCUGUUCGAGCGGAGUAGCUUUUGGGCCUGUGUGUUGGCACACGCCUGUGAGAUGAACUGUUUCUUCGUGCUGCUCUCGUGGCUACCGACGUACUUUCACGAAAACUUCCCACAUGCUAAGGGCUGGGUGGUAAACAUGAUCCCUUGGCUAGCGCUUCCACCGGUCACUUUCAUGGGAAAGUUACUGACCGAGCAUCUGCUCGCCAAACAGUGGUCACUAACGCGCAUCCGCAAGCUUGUCCAGAGCUUAUGUUUUUUGGGCCAAAACUGUGCCCUUUUUGUUAUGUGCCGUACGCAGGACUUUAACAUGGCACUUACCUGCAUGUCAAUUAUUAUCGGUCUCUCUGGUUUGCAUAACAAUGCGGUCACGGUGAACCCACAGGAUCUUGCACCGAGCCAUUCGGGCAGUGUAUUCGGACUGAUGAAUACGGUCGGUGCAAUACCGGGCUUUCUCGGCGUCUAUCUUGCCGGACACAUACUCGAACUGACGCAAUCGUGGUCAGCCGUAUUCAGUACGGCAGCCGCCAUCAACACGUUCGGGUGGCUCAUAUUUACCGUGUUCGGCUCGGCUGAAACGAUUGUUUAGAGCUUUUCGUUUUUCAAAACCAAACCCGGAACCGACGUUUUGGGAUGGAAACUUAGAAGCCAAAAACGAAAUCUAGAUCAAAAACACUUUUCGCUACCAGAUACAGUUAUAGGUGUACAAAAAUCUUAUUCCCUUUUUGCUCUAUUUCCAACCACACUCUCCCAAACGUCCCUUCCCUCUACCCGAAUGUGUCUAAUUAUCCUGUCGAACCCAAAAGGGACAGAAGGAAAAACGCGGAGAGCGUGUUAAGAGAGCGAACGAUGGCUUCAUUCCUUUUUGGGCUCGCUAAGGCUGGAAUGGAAUCGAAUCGAUUUCCAACCCAACCGCAUUCCUCGCGAAACGGGGCGGGAAAGGUAGCUAAAACCGAACGUAAUUACGUCGAGCAGCAAUCUGUUAGAUAUUGUCAUAACAAAUAUAUUAGAACAAAUAAAACAAACUAAUUGAUGUACCGAUGGGCCGUUUACAGC